UCCACUAUGGUCUCGCAGUGGUAGCCAGCCCUUCUCGAAGAAGGAAAAUCUCCAGCCACUCUAGAGACGGAGAUGGCUAUCCACUUCGGAAUUACAGAAAAGCCUCGGUAACCGAUUCGUAAUGAUGGAGAUGCUCUACAGACACGGGGUGGUCGCCCUUCAAUUACUACAGAAGCAUGGAGAACUAUAUAGUAAGCAGUUUCAGCAAAUUUCGGCAUUCUGCGAUCCAUCGUACGCAUUUAUCAUUUAUCCACCGCUAGUCCACGCACUAUGUCAAAACUCGGGCCGUUCGAUGUUACUGGUCGUUGUUAUUACCGAAUGGACAAACAUGCUUCUUAAAUGGAUCCUAAUGGGAGAUAGACCUUUCUGGUGGGUUCUAGAAAACAUGAAGCCGAGAUUUGAAGGAGACACGAUCAUCACUCAAUUUCCUUUGACCUGCGAAACAGGACCGGGUUCACCUUCAGGUCACGUUGAACUUCAAGCAGCGCUCAACUACGCUAUCUUGCAUUUCCUGACUACCAAAGUGUUCCGAAAAGCACAGUUUCUUUCCGGUCUGAUAUUAUGGCCUGCUUACCUUAUGCUGAUUAUAGCCGUUAGCCUCAGUCGACUCUAUAUAGCUGCACAUUUUCCACAUCAAUGCGUUCUGGGAGCGUUCAUCGGGUUUACAAUCGCAUACUGCCUGGUCGACAUCGAUACGACCAGUUGGAGACUCCGGCAUUAUCUCCUGCUCACCCUAUCCUUGUAUCUGCUAGCUGUGUUGACGAAAUAUUCGCUUUUAUUAAGUGGUACCGACCCAAUGAGAACCCUUGUCCUGGCACGCAAACAUUGUGCCAACCCUGCGUGGAUUCAUAUCGACACGGCGCCAUACUUUUCAAUGAUGAGAUACCUCGGAUUCUGUGCCGGUCUUGGUUUUGCCACGAGUUGCACUCGCUAUGGCAUCACAAAUAGGAACAUCGAACUACCUAUAAGGGUCGUUAUGGCCGUAGCUACAGGAAUUGUCGGUAAAUUAUCCGAGAACGUCGUCCUACCCUUCCGUAAAGCUGAUCCUAUACUUUUUUAUUCAACAGCUUUUGCUUAUCACGCUAUGUUAGCAUAUUUAUUGUUCGCCUUUGUGCCAGCUGUUGUAUUGAAGAUAAUGGGCGGCGAACGCAAAGAUGGCGAAGACCCUAGAAAGACCUUGUAGAACUAGAGAUAACAGUUCCGAUCGAGUCAAUUCGGAAAUGCUCUGCCGACGUUAACAUAUCGCUAUAUAGAUUAAUGGACACACGGCGGAGAGUUUCUAUAGAUUUAAAGUCGUGCGACAAAACUUGGAAACGCCAAAAUACUUCAUAGAACGCGAGUGAGAAAGGGGAGCAGAGUGAGAGAGCGAUAUUUCGAAUGCGCGGGUCGAGUGCGUUAAGUGAUAAUGUUCGUUAUCUGCCGAGUAAGUUUUUGUUAAAAAAGCAUGCAUAAGACUGUACAUCAAAUAAAAACAAAUUUUGGCUAUACGUUAUGAAAACACGAGAAGAAAUUGGAUUGGAUAUUUUCAGCUGAGCGUGUGGUGUCCGAGAGAUAGGAUAUUGGGGCUCCGGAAUUGGAACAACGGUAUUCAUUAAAAAUACAAAUCAAUAACCAAAAAGGAAAUACGAAUAUGCAAUUAUCUGACCCAUACAAAAAUAUAGCUAAUGUCGUUAGACCCAAUUGCGCUAAACGAUACUCAAGGAGUAAUUCUAACACCAGACCUAGAACCAGAGCUCUCUCAAGAAGUUUAACGUGACUACAGCUCUAUAUAGAUAUAUAAAGUAAAUAAAGUCUAAUAUCAAUGCUA